AUGGCUGCUUUUAUUUUCUUAUUCCAAAAUGAUCGAGCAUUUCGUCGGGAGAGGGUGUUUUGCGACCGAAUAGACUCACUAGACAAAUUCACUGACGACGAAUUGAUUGCCAGAUACCGUUUCCCAAGACAAAUUAUUUUAGAACUAACCAAUUUAACGAAAAACGCCAUACAACACCCUACCUCCCAGUCUUCUGCAAUUCCUGCUCACAUACAAUAUACUGUAUAUAUCACAAUAUUUUUUUUAUUCUUUAAUGUGUUAAUCACAUUGCGCUUUUUAGCAAAGGGGGACUACUUAUCAGAAGUGGCUGACCUCCAUGGAAUUUCUGUUUCCUCAGCAUCAAGAAUAUUACAUUCCGUCUGCCUGGCUCUGAGUGAGCACCUUGACAACAUCAGUUUUCCCAACACACAGGAUGAAUUAAAUAGAGUCAAGGAUGGAUUUUACAAGAUUGCACACUUCCCUAAUGUAGUUGGUGCUAUAGAUGGCACUUUGAUACCCAUACAGGGCAUGUCUGGAGAUGAGGAACCCAACUUCAUCUGCCGUAAGGGUUUCCCUUCAAUAAACGUGCAGGGAGUUGUGGACGCAGACCUUCGUUUUACCAAUAUUGUGGUGAAGUGGCCUGGGGCAACCCAUGAUUCCUUUGUCUUAGCCAAUUCAUCUGUACCCCAAAUAAUGGGAAGAGUAAAUGGAUGGAUCUUGGGUGACUCGGGAUAUCCCUUGAAAAAGUGGCUGUUGACCCCUUUUACCAAUCCUAAAGGUGGCCAAGAACAACGGUACAACCAGGCCCACGCCUCAACCAGGAAUACAGUAGAGAGAGCAUUUGGAGUGCUCAAGUGCAGAUUUAGAUGCCUGCACAAAACAGGAGGGAGUCUACAGUUUACAGCAUCUAAGAGUAUAAAAAUUAUAGAAUGCUGUCUCAGGCUCCAUAACAAAGCAAUCAAUGAAAGACUCCCUCUCCAAGCUGCUGAUGAUCCAAUCCCAAUCCUCCAUGACAACACUGUGUACCAAGGAAAUGCCAAUGAUGGCUAUGGGGUGAGACAAACAGUUUCACAGAGAUUUUAGGGGAGAAAACAUAACAUACAAAGUCAAUUAAUGAAAUUGUAAAUUAUUUUAAUAUACUGUAUUGUCAAUAAAAU